GUAUAGUCUGACCGGUCAGGUAAUUUACACCAUCAUUUUUGGCGCCGACCGUGGGACCGUUAAGGUUUUUUCUUUUCUAAACACAAACCUACCCACAAAAACACCACUCAAGAUGUCUUCCAGCCAGCAAAUCGACACCACCCCUGCUCAGUUGCAAGCCACCACUGAAGGUACCAGCAUCCCCAUGGCUGCUACCCUGCCAACCGUUUCUGCCCCGGUUUUGCCAUUGGGGCUAAGCUCGGUUCCAACACCCAGCAUGGUCAGCCCAUUCACGGCUCCCGUCCCUUCCGCUGGACCGAGGGUCACUUUCCCACCAAGCAUGACCCAGUUCAUGAAUGACCCAGCCAACCUGCAGGCCAUCCAGGGCUUUGGCCAGGUCAUGGCUAUGUGCCAGCAGAAUGGGGGGAUGCCUUUCCUCCUUGGUAUGUUCCCGUUCGCUCUUCCAGGCACGGGAACCAUGCCCCUACAAGCUCCAAUGGCGGUGUCUCCCUUCCAAACGCCAGUGCCGCAACCAUCACCUUUCCAGCCGCAGCUAGUCAGCGUUGUGGCCCCCAUCAACUUGACUGGUGCGCUUAACGCCGCAGGGCCAUCGCGUCCCCCGCAAGGUACGAAUCUGCUAAUCACUCCGGAUGGUCACUGCGUUUCGGUUGAAAGCGGAGACGACGAGUGGGACAUUCCAAGGACCCACAAGAAAAAGAAGGGAAAAACCGUCCGACCCGCCACCUCCCGAAACUCCGCCUUCGAAAGGCUGGGGGAUAGGGAGGAGGGCCAGAGAAAAUCAGCCAAGCUGAGGCUAGGGCAGAGCGUGGCCCAUGUCAGCGCGUUCGCCCGGCUAGGUGAGAUGAGGGAGGCCGAGCCUGCACGCACCCAACGCUCCCGGUCAAACAGGCAGGAGCCAGCCAGGACGAGGGCCUCUCGCCAGGAAGAAGAAGCAGAAAGCCAGCCUAGGGUGCCGGUGGCUAAUCGGUUAACCACCCGCAAUGAUCGCGUCCAACAGAUGGAGGCAAAGUUAGAGAGGCUGGAGAAGAAGGUUGGGGAGAAGAAUGACCGGGACAAACCCCUCGCAGGGUCCCCGUUCACUACAAGGGUCCAUCUGACACCUUUCCCGCGAAAGGUUAAGAUAGACGCCCCAAGGUUCACCGGUAAGGAGGACCCAGAAAUCCACCUAGACUCCUUCAAUCAGAGUGCAACCAUGAACGGCUGCACAGAUGAAGAAAAGUGCCUCCUUUUCUUCCAGACCUUGCGGAAUCGAGCCACCGAGUGGUUCAACAAGCUUCGCCCGGGAAGCAUUGACUCAUUCAGCGACUUGGCCUCGAAGUUCAAGGCCAAGUUCCAGGAGAACUGUACCAAGAGGAAGAAAUUCACCUAUCUUAGUACAGCCGAGCAGAGGGAAUCUGAGAACCUCACCCAAUUCCUUACCCGGUGGAAAGAGGAGGUAGACAAGGUGGAAGAGAUGGAUGACAAAACCGUCUUAUCUCUCCUCUUGAGUGGCUUACGUGCCGGGGAACUAUACAAGGAGUUCUGCCGGAAACCCCCGGCCACGUACCAAGAGGCCUAUCACACUGCAUGGGAGUUUGCUGAGGCUGAAACUCAACUCCGGGCGAAGAAGGAAGCCGAACAUGGGUUCAAGCCCAAGCCGGUGCAGGUCAAAAAGGAAGAAGCACCGGUAACCAGCCGGCCAAGGCACCAUUAUGACCCGGUCGUCCGCAUGGUCAACACAGAAGAGUGCCAGGAGGUAAGGAAAGCACCGGCUCCCUACCCGGUCAUUCCUCCGGAAAAUCCUACCGGUCAAACUGGACGGCAGUGGUCGGGCACGUAUUGUUCGUACCAUCGGUCAGAUUCCCAUAACACUUCCGAGUGCAAAAGUGUUAAGGGAGUCAUCCGGCAAAUGAUAGACAGUGGGGAACUGGGCAAAGAUUAUUUGCAGAAAGCCCAGGAGAAGAGUCACCAAUGGGUAAGGCCAUCUAUCCCGGAGGAUGACCGGGACGACGACCGGCGGAGGAAUAACCGGCCAAAGGAGCGGAAACCUGCCCCUGAAAAGCGUAAACAUACUAGGAGGGAUCCGAUCGUCUUCACUGACCGGGAUCUCCCUCCUACCGGUGAAGAUCACAAUGAUCCAUUGGUCAUCACCAUGGACAUUAAUGGGGUGGAUGUCGCCCGGGUACUUGUUGACACCGGCAGCAGUGUCAACAUCUUAUACCUGGAAACUUUCCAAAAACUCAGGUUGUGUCGGACACAACUUGAGCCCCUCAAAACCCCUCUAUCAGGUUUCACGGGAGACACAGUGGAGGCUGAAGGGUCCAUAGUUCUACCGGUCGAACUAGGAUCGGGCGAGAAGACUGUAUGGAAGAAAAUGCGGUUCAUCGUCGUGGACAUCAAAUGCGUCCACAACGCAAUCCUUGGAAGGCCUGGCAUCAACAAGGUCGGGGCGGUGAUUUCCAUGCCCCACCUAUGCAUGAAAUUCCACACUCCAGGUGGUGUGGGUAAAGUGAAGGGCGGCGACCAGAGGAACGCCCGGGAGUGCUAUGCCCGGGCGGUCAAGAAGAUGACCAAGGGAGUCAACGUCAUCUCCCAAGAAAUCACCAAGGGAGAAACCCGGGAGAAACUUGAACCCGAGGCCGAGACGGUGGAGAUCGAACUUCACCCGGGUGAUCCUUCAAGGAUGGUCAGAAUCGGAGCCAAUCUCCCAGAAGACCUCAAGGCGGAGAUUACGCGGGUACUCCGAGAAUACGCGGGCAUAUUUGCAUGGAGCGUGGCAGAUAUGCCCGGAAUCGACCGCUCAAUCAUCUGUCACCGGUUGGCGGUGAGAGAUGGAAGUCGACCGGUACGCCAGAAGAAAAGGUAUCUGGCCAGUGACCGGCGGGACUUCGUCAAGAAGGAGGUGAAGGAUCUCCUCAGUGUUGCAAUCAAAGGGCAAGCCCUUGCGGACUUCCUCGUGGAAAUGACCGGUGUAACUCCAGAUGCACCGGUCGACAAGCCUACCGAGCAGUGGUGGGAGAUGGCAGUAGACGGGGCGUCCGGUCCUAAAGACCUUCUCUCGAAGUUGACGCCGUACGCUCCCGAGCAUGUUUCAAAACUUGCCCGGGUGGAAAUUCUCGACCGUGCCAGCAUCGAGAAAUUGGAAGUAGCUGCCAUAACAGGAGCAGACCAACCUGACCGGUCAAACUUGGUCGGAGCAGAUGACCACUGGAUGUAUGAUCUGAUGGAAUACCUGAUGGACGGAACCUUGCCAGAACAGGAUGACCGGGCAAGAAAGGUGAAGCUCAGGGCACCCCGAUUUCAAGUCCUUGAUGGGAAGCUGUACAAAAGGGCAUUCGGGGGGCCACUCCUGAGGUGCCUAACCAACUGGGAAGCUGAACGGGUCAUAGCAGAAGUCCAUGAAGGUGUAUGCGCGGCGCAUCAAAUGUCCCGCACUCUUUCCCAGCGCAUCAUCUUGUUGGGGUAUUACUGGCCAACGAUUGUCCAGGAUUGCGAGAGGUUGCCCAUCGAAGCUGAAUUCCCAACAUUUCGGGAAUCAAAUUAUCAACCCCAGCAGAAUGAGGAGGAUCACUUGGCCGAACUCAACUUGGUCGAAGAGCGGAGAAUGGCCGCGGAAGUUAAAAUGAGCACAUAUCAACAAGUCGUGAAGAAGUACCACGACAACAAGGUUGGACCACGAUACUUCCAAGUUGGAGAUGAAGUCCUACGAAGAAGAGAGGCUAGUAGACCGGGUGAUGGAGGAAAACUGGCCAAAAACUGGGAAGGCCCGUAUCGGGUGAGAGCUGUUGUCCGCCCGGGAACCUACCGGUUAGAAAAUCUAGAGGAACACCCGGUAGAAAGAACCUGGAACUCCCACCAUCUUCGCAAAUUCUACAAAUGAUUGUAAUACUAGGCAAGGCCUACUUCAUUAUCAAUCAAACCGAUGACAUUCAAUACUCUACUACCAUCGUCGUCUUAACUAUCCAGCUUGGAUAGGAUCCUCCCGAAGGGCCCACCUAGCCUAGGUGAGCCUAUUCGGUUGACUGACACAGGCCCGGACCUGGCACGCUGGUUACUACACCGGU